CGCCUGGCCCGCUGCGCUGCCUUCUCCUCCCGUGGCCGCCGCCGGUUGGGGCGGGGGAAGGAUUGAUGUGGAGGCCCAGAGCGGCACCGCCGCCGCCAUGCAGCCCCCGCCGAGGAAGGUGAAAAUUACUCAAGAGCUGAAACUCAUUCAGACGGAGCAGAUGACAAAACUCCAAGGCAAACACCAGGCAGAAUGUGACUUACUUGAAGAUAUGAGGACAUUCAGCCAGAAGAAAGCUGCCAUUGAGAGAGAAUACGCACAGGGCAUUCAGAAAUUGGCUAGUCAAUACUUAAAGAAAGAGUGGCCUGGAAUAAAGGCGGAUGAGCGAAAUGAUUUUAGGAGUAUGUAUCCCGUGUGGAAAUCGUUUCUGGAGGGCACGAUGCAGGUGGCCCAGUCGAGGCUCAAUAUCUGCGAAAACUACAAGAACCUCAUUUCUGAACCUGCCAGAGCGGUGAAGUGUUUCAAAGACCAGCAGCUGAAAAAGUGUGUCGACCAGUUGACCAGGAUCCAGGCUGAACUGCAAGAGACAGUAAAAGAUUUGGCCAAGGGCAAGAAGAAGUACUUUGAGACUGAGCAGAUGGCUCACGCCGUCCGUGAAAAAGCUGAUAUCGAGGCCAAGUCCAAACUCAGUCUCUUCCAGUCACGAAUAAGCUUACAGAAAGCCAGCGUAAAGUUAAAAGCACGACGGUCGGAAUGUAAUUCUAAAGCGACUCAUGCGAGGAACGAUUACCUUCUCACUUUGGCAGCCGCGAAUGCGCAUCAAGAUCGCUACUAUCAGACUGACUUAGUGAACAUUAUGAAGGCUCUUGAUGGGAAUGUAUACGAUCACCUUAAAGAUUAUUUAAUGGCGUUCAGCAGGACUGAAUUAGAAAUAUGCCAAGCUGUACAAAGCACAUUCCAGUUUCUUUUGGAAACAUCCAGUCGGGUAGUGCGAGAUUACAGUUUCCAGCUGUUCUUACAAGAGAACUCCACGUUCCACAAACCGCAGCCUUUCCAGUUUCAACCCUGCGACAGCGACACCAGUCUUAAUGCUGUUCAGCUGGUGGAUAUUGAGCCGUCCCCUGUCAGUGCUCUGAGAAUGACCUUAGCGGAGAGCCGGCAACUGGAAUCCGAGACGGGGACGACGGAAGAGCACAGCCUGAACAAGGAGGCCCGGAAAUGGGCCACGCGAGUGGCCCGCGAGCACAAAAACAUCAUCCACAGCCAGCGGGCCCUCGAGGAGUUAGAAUGCCACGGGCCGGUGGCCUCGGAACAAAGCCGAGUGGAGCUGGAGCAGAAGAUCGAUGAAGCCAGAGAGACCAUCCGCAAAGCCAAGAUAAUAAAGCUGAAAGCAGAAGCUCGACUCGACCUCUUAAAACAGAUUGGGGUUUCGGUGGACACGUGGCUGAAAAGCGCCAUGAACCAAGUGAUGGAGGAACUGGAGAACGAGCGAUGGGCGAGUCUCCCGACGGUGACCAACAACGGCUCGUCGCACUUGCUGAACGUCGAUCCGGACAGGGAAGAAGGGGAAGAACUCGAAGACGGGCUGGACGCUUUCGACGACAGCAGUUCCAGUCCUUCGGGGACUCUCCGAAACUAUCCCUUGACCUGCAAAGUUGUUUAUUCGUACAAGGCUUCCCAGCCCGACGAACUGACCAUUGAAGAACAUGAAGUUUUAGAAGUGAUUGAGGAUGGAGAUAUGGAAGAUUGGGUAAAGGCGCGAAACAAGACCGGCCACGUGGGUUACGUGCCAGAGAAAUACCUGCAGUUCCCGACGUCCAACAGCCUCCUUAGCAUGUUGCAGUCGCUGGCAGCCCUGGACAGCCGGUCCCACACUUCCAGCAACUCCACCGAAGCCGAGCUGGUUUCGGGAAGCCUCAACGGGGACUCCAGCGUAUGUUUCGUAAAAGCACUUUAUGAAUAUGAGGGCCAGACGGACGACGAGCUGUCCUUCCCGGAGGGGGCCAUCAUCCGCAUCUUGAACAAGGAAAACCAGGACGACGACGGUUUCUGGGAAGGGGAAUUCAACGGACACGUUGGGGUCUUCCCCUCUGUGUUAGUGGAAGAGCUGACGGCAUCAGAAAAUGGGGAGACUCGGUGUGUUGCGGAUGCUCAGAUCUCUCUGUCUCCAAAACCGCAGAACUCCCUGGCGCCCCUGCCCCUGUACGACCAGCCCCCCGCCAGCCCGUUCCACAGUCCCGACAAAAGAGGAUCUCCGUACUUCCCCAGGUCUCCAUCCACGAAUGAUAACAGCUUCACUUCGAACUCUCCCGGAUUCUCUCAGCCGCCACGGCCUCUUCCCGAGAGCACCUCGUAUGGGAAGCUGAGACCGGUCCGAGCCGCCCCUCCUCCCCCGACGCAGCAGCACCGCAGACCGACAGAGAAGAUCGAGGACGUGGAAAUCACCCUGGUGUGACCAGCGGGACAGACCGUCUGGCAAGCGUUGCGAUCACGGCCGAGCGCCGGCGACGUUUGGCCAGCUCUUGCUCUCAGGCACCGUUGCAUGAUGGGAAGAGACUUUUGACGAGAGAGCAGAAAAACAGGAGACAUUGAUGCCGUGGUGGUUGGACUCUCCUUCCUGGGGUCAUGAGUAUUUUGUGCCUUUUUUCUUUUCAUUUUUUUUGGGGGGGGGAGGAGGGAGGGUUGUCGUUGCUGUUUGAUUUCGCUUUUCCUCCCUGCCGUCCUCCCUCCUUUUAGCACAAAGCGAGCCGGGCCUAUCACAGACCUCGGGAAGUGCAGGCAGCUCAAAAGACGACCCUUUGCGGUUUUUCGGCAGAGGCCUCGAAGAACUCCCUUUUUCCGUGUCGCUCGCGACCGGUUCCACAAAUUGCCGAAUCUUCUGCGCAGGAAAUGUUUCCGUGGGACAGCACAUCCUGAUAGCCGCUGCGGUGCACAGCGCGGUCCUCGUCGCACGGCGCGUCUCCCCGGCUGCGUCCGGAUCGAACGGGGAUCUCUUUACUGGUGCUACAGGUUUGCAGCAAUAAACGGAGCUGUGUGUCUUCGCUGAGGCGGGAGGGGUGGGGAGCUACACUUCUGGCCUGGGGGAGUGUGACGUUGCGUAGGCCAGGCCAGAACAUACAUAGACCCAUGUGCAUUAUUAGUACAGUAUAUUACUGUUGCCAUAGGAAUGUGUUUUAAAUUUUUUUUCCCCCUUGCUCCUGUUCAAAUAGCAGUACUUAAUCUGGUUAGGCGAUUAAUCAGAACGUGUGGAAUAGAGAAGGGGGGGACACGCGAGUCGUAGAUUUCGGGAGAGGCUGGCUCCUCUCCCGCCCUGCCCCCCAACAAAAAAAAGAAGGGGGUGGGGGGAAAGAAAUCCCGUCGGCAAAGAGAAAUGCUGCUGAUUCGCUGGGUUAAUGACUUCGGUGUGCGCCUCUUCCGUAAUUAACCGUAAAACCUGAAUGUCACGUUCCCCCUUUUUUUUUUUUGUAUUAAUAUUUAUGCCAUGCGUUUAGUAAUAAAUAGAAUAUCUACUUCUGAAGUGCUGACUUAGUAGUGACUUCCCCUCCCCCCCCUUCCUUCCUUAGGAGAAAAACUGAAUAAGCAGGAUUUUCAUCUUAGAGCUGGAAACAGACCAUCGUUUGCUUUUUUUGAAGCAGAAUGUUUUAUUCCCCCCCCCCCACAACCCCUUUCCUUUUUUUGUACUCGGGUCGCUUCUUAUCGCAGCGAUAGCCUUGUAGAUUUACUCUCUGAGCUUAGCAGUAGAUCUUGAACUUUGGAAGCUCCGGCUAGAGUGGAGAAGUAGUCACGUUUUAGACUUGUUGAAGUUUGGUGUCUAGCUUUAGCAUUGGAUAGUCCUAGCGCGGGUCUCCCACGUGAAGUCCGCCUGCCGGCUCAGACCCAGGAAGGGAAAGAUGGGGGUGGGGGAGGGGGCGUCCUUGUUCUCCCUUCCCUCUCGUGCCAAGGGUGUUGAAAAUUGUGGGCAGUGCAGCUUUAGCGCCGCGUUCCGGUUAUCUAAAGCCCCCCCCCUUGCCGAUCACUCACUCAGCAGGUAAAACCGCACCGCAGGGCCUCGCUCAGAGUCUGUCAGGAACAGCUUCCUGAAAGGGCAGUCCCGCUGCCUCCUCCCCUCCCCACUUCCUGGCUGGGAGAGGAGUCAGCGGCAGAGGGGCUGCCCUUUCAGAACAAUGGUCCUGACAGACUGCAAGCGAGGCCCCAGGUUCUUCCAUCCUGUUAUCUUAUCCAAUCAAAACAGACCAGGGUGGGGGCAGGCCCUGCAGAAUCUUGCAGAGCUCAUUUACUCAGAAGCUCGUUUAUCCAGAGACAAGCCUAGGAGAAAGGAAACAGAGCAUUGUGGGAGAAGAGAAACAGGGUGUGCUUGCGUCACAGGCGAUUGAGGGCCCUUUCCGCAACCUGUCAAAACGGCGGGGGAGAGUUACCGUCUGCCUCCGCAUGACAGUGGAGGAAAAGGGGUCCUCGGUCUGUUGGCAACGUUCCGUCAGCUCUGGGAGGGAGGAGCGGAAGGCGGCUUAGCUCGCGGGUGACCGCCACAGGAGGCGGCCAUUCACGGGAGGAAUUCUAGCAGGGAGUCCUUUGCAUAUUAGGCCACACCCCCUCGAUGUAGCCAAUAUCCCAAGAGCUUACAAGGCUCUUUUUUGUAAACUCUCAGAGGAUUGGCUACAUCUGGGGUGUGUGGCCUAAUACGCGAAGGAGCUCCUGCUAGAAUUCCACCCCUGCGGCCAUCAAAAUCCAGGUCUCUCUGACGCCGCCCAGCUUGCUGAGGUCGUUUCUGUCAUUUCAAGAUUGAGUAAAAGUGACGUGAGAAGAGGGGAAAGGAAAUAGAUUUUUUUGGAGCAGGUCCUUACUUCAAGCAGCGGCCCCCAUAAGGUAGGAGAGAAAAAUUUCCGUCCAAGGUGACUGUCCAACCCACUGGCUGGGAAAACCUAAACCCACACCCACAAGUAUACAUUGUAAGAGCUGUAAUAUAAAUAAUAUCGAAAGUGCUCUUCUGGCUUCAUUUUUUCUACCUUAAGCAAGUAAAAACAAUAAUCGUUUUUUUUUUUUUCCCUUAAUGUUUAGUUGCCCGAUGGACUUCGGACUUCCUUUGGGCUUUCUGUUCUGUUUUUAAAUUUGUGUGGCUGCAUUUUGUGAAAUCGUUUUAACAAGAUCACUUAUUUGAAACUUUGCACAAAUAAUCUUGGCUGGAUCUCUUGAAAUAAGACGGGGGGAGGGGAGGGGUGCCAAUUUCUUUCUUUUUUUUCCAGUUGGCCUGAACAACACAGGGGCUGAGUGUCGAAAAUCGCCAAAAAGAGCGGCCAGUCCCUUCAAGAUUCUCUGUCGGAGUGAAAAUUGUUGGGGCACGGGGUGUUCUCGCGCCUUUGAUCCCGUUGAUCUCUUUGAAGAUCUUUCCCUUCCCCCUCAAGUGUUUAUCAUACUUAAUUCUUAAAGGGUUUGGGGUUUUGUUUUUUUUAAUUUGAAGGACAAUUUUACUGCAAACGUUUUAAAACCGCUUCCGGAAAAAAAUCUUAACUGUUGCCAAUCGUUGCAAUGUUCCACGUUUCGUCGACUGGUUUUUUUUUUCCCUGCAUCCUCUUUUUUUGUUUUGUUUUUUCUUUCCGGUUGUUGUGGUUAUCCUCUGGACUUUCAAAAAUUCAGAAAAGUGUUAUUUAAAACAAAAAAAAAAGAAAAAAAGGAACCUUCUUUCGUUAUAUUUUAAAAAAAUAUUUUCUGUAAGAGCUGCUAAUUUUUAUUUAAAAAAAAAAAGAAAAGUUGUAAAAACAAGGCCUCCUUUUUAAAAAAACUUCAUACAGGGCAUGCAAUAGAACGUAUCAAACGUGUACAGUGUCAAUACAAGGAGAGCAGAGCCUUUGAUGCUUUCUUUAUAUUGGCUAUAAAACUUUGUAUUUAUUAUGUAUAAAAUGUUGAAUAAUUAAAAAAAAGUGGAAUUAAA